AUUUAUUAGCCGGACAAACUAGGGAUCGAGAACCGCAGCAGGCCGAGGAAGUGGCCUGUGAUCUCUGGCGAAUGUGUUCCAAGUUUGGCUAAGGAAUCUACGCGGUCCGCUUUGCUCGUUCGAUGCGCUGAAAAGAUAAACAGGAAGUUCGACCUGUGGCGUCCGAUACCCUAGCGAUGAUGUCUUCACUCGUGGCCGACUACGGUUCUUCGGCCUCCGAGUCUGAAGAAAAUGCUGAAAGUAGCGAAAGUUCUGACGAGAAUGGUGAUGCGAACCAGGUUAAGAAGCAGCCCGACAAGAACGACCGGCCGAAGCUACCAGGGCCGUCCUUCCAGUCCACCAAUCUGGGUUCAUCAUCGGUCUUCAGUAAUCCUUUCCGUGAAGAGGAGGACGCGCAGUCGUCGAUCCUGGAAAGGCACGUCAAAAUGACGACACCUGUGAGCCAGCAGACUUCUGUCAAUGGAAAGCAGAUUUGCUGGAACUACAGAAAGGGGCGAUGUCGCUUUGGCCACAACUGCAAGUACGUCCACGAUAGCGAUGUUGUGGGCCUAUCGGGCUCCAUGCAAGACCCCGAGCCUGCCGAGCCAGAAGUCGUGGCGACAUCAGCCGCUGCACCCUGCCAGGUUGGAAGUGAAGCGACUUCUCAGAAGCACAAGAAAAAGAGACCGGGCUUGUCAGACAGUGUGACUCCUUCAAAAAAGGCCAUGAAAUUUUACCACAAAACUCAAGGCAAAUCAUAGUCAGCUGCACACGACCCCUUCUCAAAGAGCAAAGGGAAACCAAAAGAUGUGUUUUAAUCAUGCAAAGUUAGCUUUCGCAAAACAGUUAUGCGAGAGGCAUAUUUUUGUAUAUAAUGCCAUACACAUGUGCAUAUUUGCUUGCAGAGCUGCAAGUGCACAUUUUUUUCUACUGCCAGAUAACUAUAGGGAGAAUUUUAGCUUAGUGUUAUUGUUUUUUGUGUUGCACAUGCUGUAAAAUAAAGAUCAUUUUGCCACACUA